UCAGAGCCUCAAGUGUCAUUCCUGUUUGUAAACAUUCCAAAGUACGAAAUCUGUCUGUCCAGUGGUCCACAGAGCAUCGUAGCAUUUGAUUGGAUUUGAACGGUCGUGGUUGAGGACAUGUCGAAAUAUGUCCUCGGAUAAGCGUGUGUUUAGCCUAAAUGGUCCUCAUGGCCCUGGAGGGGUUUUCUUCACUUGGCAGAAGGCUUCAGGAGGUUUCCUGGCCACAACAGGAUAUAAUCAAGUUGUAAACAUUUAUGAUCGUCAUGGAACUCUACGGGAACAGAUUCAUCUUCCUGGAGUCUGUUCAGGGUUUGGCUGGGACAAAGAUGGAGCCCUUUUAUCCAUCAUCAAUGACAGAUCUCCUCUUGUUCAUGUGUGGGAUGCCAAUUCAGGGCGUGUACAACAUUUAGAUUCAGGACUGCGGGAUACACUUACAUUUUUGGCUUGGUCACGCACUGCCCCACUCCUAGCAGUUGGAACAGCAAAAGGAAAUCUAAUGAUUUAUAAUCAUCAAACCUCGAGACGAAUUCCAGUGGUAGGCAAGCAUAGUCGCAAAAUCCAAAGUGGAUGUUGGUCAACAGCUAAUCUCUUAGCAUUGGGCGGUGAAGACAAAAUAUUAACUAUCAGCAGCAGUGAAGGUGAUACCUUGAGAACAACCCCUUUGAGGGGUGAACCAUCAGAUAUUCAGUUUUCAGAGAUGAAGCAAGAUGAAAGAGCCAUGUCUGAAAAUACGGUGAGCUUGAUUGUUGCCAAGAAGACCCUGUUUUUGUACAAUUUAAAUGAUCCAGAGAAUCCCAUUGAAUUGGCUUUUCAGAAUCGAUAUGGCAAUAUUGUGGCUUACAAGUGGUAUGGAGAUGGUUACAUUCUGCUUGGAUUUUCUGCGGGCUAUUUUGUUGUGAUUUCUACCCAUUUGAAAGAAAUUGGACAAGAACUUUUCCAAGCUAAGAAUCAUCGAGAGGUUCUUACAGAUAUUGCUAUUUCUACAAGCCUGAGCAAAGCAGCGUCAUGUGGUGAUAAUGUUAUCAAAAUUCAUGAGCUGGCCGACCUGAAAGAAGUUUACUCUGUGAUUACACUGGAUGAUGAACGAGGUCUGGAGUGGCUUGAGUGGUCUGACGAUGGUCAGCUUCUGGCAGUAGCAACUCCAGCAGGGAACAUCCAUGUGUAUCUAACAAAGCUACCUGUCCUCGGUGGAGCUUACGGUUCUCGCGUAGCUCAUUUAACAUCUUUACUGGAGGUUACUGUAGCUAAUGUAGUGGAGAAGGAACAUCCUGUGACAGUAAGCGUUGAUGUGGAACCUAGUUUCCUGGGGAUAGGUCCUUAUCACCUGAUGGUUGGUAUGAACAACAGAGCAUGGAUUUAUACACUCGGUGAUGAUUCUACUAUGUUGCUUCGUGACAGAGAAUAUCUGGGAACCAUCACUUCAGUGCGAGUUAAUGCUGAUUACGCAUCUGUGUUGUAUGAAGGGAAAAUACAGUUUCAUUUGCUGGAAGGAGAAACUGGUGAAGAUGAAGAGCGGGAGUCUUGUCUCUUUCCAAGCUCAGAUCAUUCAGAUAUUCACAUAACUGACCAUUCUCUAACUUCAGAUUUCCUUAUAUACUCAUCUGAUACUGGAGGCCUGUACUUCUUUUUCAUUGAGGAUUGGCAGACUAUAAGUGACUACCGCCACACUACUGGAAUCACCAACAUACAUGGCGAACCAUCUGGCAGACGACUUGUAAUAGUUGAUACAAAGGGUGAAGGCUAUGUGUACAAUCCGGUCAAUGAUGACUUGCUGGAAAUCCCCGAAUUUCCUGGAUCUUGCAAAGGAUGUUUAUGGGAAAAUUGUCCAAGUGAUCGCAAUGUGUUUGUUUUAUUUGAUGAAAAGCAACUGUACACAUAUGUUUUACAUCAAGAACAUAUUAAAGGUCCUCAUGUUGAACUUGUUGGUACAACUAAAAUUCCACCUGGUCAAGUGCCUUUGCUUCUUUAUAAUGGAGAGGUGACCCUUCAAACAGCAUCUGGAAAAACUGCUCCUCUGAUUUUAUCUUCACACGAAAUGGAAGCCAAUAUUCAUGAUUACUCCCAUGAACAACUACGCACAGCACUUAAGAAAAACAUAGCUCUACGGAGGUUUAAAGAUGCCAGUGCUAUUUGCCAAGUGCUUAACAACAAGCAGGAUUGGGAGUCUUUAGGAAAGGCUUGUAUGUGGUGUGUUAAUCUUGAACUGGCUAUUCGAGUAUAUCGUCAGCUUGGUGAUGUUGGGAUGGUGUGGUCACUGCAAAGCCUUAAUGACAUUGAAGAUCCUUUGCUACUGUCAGGACACUUGGCCAUGUACCUUGGUGACUUUAACACUGCCCAGGACUUAUAUUUACGGUCAAGCACACCAGUUGCAGCUUUAGAAAUGCGACGUGACUUGCUUCACUGGGACCAGUCACUACACCUAGCAAAAAAAUUGGCUCCUGAUCAAAUUCCCUACAUAUCCCGAGAAUAUGCCCAGCAGCUGGAGUUCAUUGGAGAUUAUCCUGGUGCUCUUACACAUUAUGAGCGUGGAAUAGUAAACAAUGAAGGUUCAGAUGAGCAUAACUUAGCAUGCAAAGCAGGUAUUGCCCGAACUGCACUACGGUGUGGAGACAUUAGACGUGGGGUGAACAUUGCUGCAGAAAUGAACAAUCGUUUAUUGAAGCGGGAAUGUGCUGAAAUCCUGGAAAACAAAAAGCAAUAUGCAGAGGCAGCAGUGUUAUAUGAAAGUGGAAAUUUCCAUGAAAAAGCUGCCAGUCUCUACAUUCGUCUCAAGAACUGGACAAAAGUUGGACAACUGUUAGUACACAUCAACUCUCCCAAGAUGCACUUGCAAUAUGCAAAGGCAAAGGAGGCUGAAGGGCACUACCGUGAGGCAGCAACUUAUUAUGAAUCUGCUCAUGACUAUGAAUCUGUGAUUCGUCUACUUCUCCACAACCUUAACUCCCCAGAGGAGGCUGUCAGGAUUGUACGGGAAACAAAGAGUGUGGAAGGUGCUAGGAUGGUUGCAAGAUUCUUCCAACGCUUGAAUGAUUACAGUUCAGCAAUUCAGUUUCUUGUUCUCUCCAAGUGCACCGAUGAAGCUUUUCAACUUGCUCGAACUCAUGGGAAAAUGGAACUUUAUGCAGAGAUUCUGGGGUCAGAUGCAACUCCUGAGGAUUAUAACAGUGUUGCCUUACAUUUUGACAAUGAACGGAAUCAUUUCUUGUCCGGGAAGUUCUAUUAUUUGGCAGGAAACUACCAAAAGGCAGUGAAACAUCUCAUCCGAGCAGCUCAGAAUUCAAGUGGAGAGGAUUCAGAGAGUAUUCAGCUGGCUAUUGAUGUUGUUGCAGCAGCCAAUGAUGAUGCACUUACUCGCCAGUUGAUUGACUUUCUCAUGGGGGAAGUUGAUGGCAUUCCUAAGGAUGCAAAGUUCCUUUUCCGGUUGUACAUGGCAAAGAAACAGUACAGAGAGGCAGCUAAAACUGCUAUUAUCAUAGCAAGGGAAGAACAAAAUUCAGGCAAUUAUCGUCAUGCUCACGACGUCUUGCUGGUGAUGUUUGGAGAACUUCGAAAGCAGAAACUGAAAGUUCCUGCUGAUAUGACUACAGCUCUUAUGCUCCUUCACUCAUACACAAUUGCUCGUAUGCAUGUUCGACGUGGUGACCAUCUCAAAGCUGCUCGCAUGCUUAUCAGGGUUGCUAAUCACAUCUCAAAGUUUCCUGCUCAUACUGUUCCGAUAUUAACUUCAACUGUUAUCGAGUGUCAGCGAUCGGGACUCAAGAACUCCUCAUUCAACUUCGCCGCCAUGCUGAUGCGCCCUGAAACCCGAUCGAGGUUUGAUGAAAAAUACAAAAAGAAAAUUGAGGCCAUCGUCCGCAAGCCUCAGAAGAGUGAGGAAGAAGAACCAGGCAGCCCGUGCCCUUUCUGCUCUUCUCCAGUGGUGGAGACGACUCUGGAAUGUGGACAGUGUCAGAAUGCAUUACCUUAUUGUAUUGCUACGGGCAGGCACAUUUUGGCUGAUGAUGUUACACUGUGUCCAUCCUGCAAGUUUCCUGCUAUUAGAUCUGAGUUACUGAAACUUGUAGAAGACGGAGAGGAGUGUCCCAUGUGUAGUUCAGCUUUGAGUGCAGACAAGCUUCCCGUGGCUUCGGAGUGGAAAUCUGUUGUUAACCCUGAAGCCCAUGAUUAGAUUUAAAACAGGUUGUACUAAAAUCUCUAGUUUUCUGAAGAAUUCAUCUAAUAUUAUUAUUACUUAUUCCCUUGCACAAGCAACAUACAUAAUAAUUUUUGUAAAUGUGGCUCUAUUUAUUGUACUCACUGACAAAGUACCUACCUUAUAAGGUUCUCCAGAUGUUGAAUGUUUUAUCAUAGAUUUUUGUGUGGAUAGUAGUCAAUAUUAACCUUGUCAUUUUUUUGUGUUGUUCAUCCAUAUAGGAAUCUGCCUCACCAAGUCACGUUAUUCUUAUCCGUCCUGUGCUAUUACACUACUUUAUGCAGUGUAAUAAAUCAACUCUGGUGAUAAUCUAGUCAUAUUCAUAUAAUAAUUACUGUGAGUGCAGAUAUUUGUGUAUUGAUUUUGAACACAAUAGUUUUAUUUAGAAACUGGCAUGUAUGAAUUUUAUUCCCAUUAAGGAUUUUUAAUGUAAUAUUUGGAAGGAGUUUUAAGUAUGAUAUCAAGCAAUAUUUUGAUCUUAUAGAUCAUAAGUUUUGUGAUGUGUUACGACAAAAUUUCCCUAAAUGAAAGCAGUUAGUUUUUUAUUCCUAUCAGUGUUUACAACCAAGGAGGGAUAUUUUUAUUCAUUUUUCGCUUUGGACUUUUAAGCCUGUACCAUCUAGCUAAAAAUUUUUUAGGUAAAUUUCUUUUUGUAUUAGCAGUUGAAAGGAAAUAGAUUAUCCUUUAGUUCAGUGUGAAAGUGGUGAAACCUUAAGAUUAUUUAGGGGUUAUUUUCAGAACUGUAAUGAGUUGCAAAAUUUAUGCCAUCCACGCUUACUUGUCUUUCGUUUGGAUAAGUUAAUAAAUGGAAAACAGAAA